AUGGAGAGUAUUCACUCAGGACAUAACAAACUAGAGCAUUUUGACAAGCUUGGACUAAUCUUGUUUCGUUGUAUGAUUUUUCAGGAUGUUGAGGUACAAAACCGCAUGAUACAAAGUUUGUCAGAAAUGAAACGAGUUACUAUAAGGGAUAGUAUAUUAUUAAGUUCUGAUCGUUUUUUACUUGAAGAUUUUUCAAAAAUGUGUGCUGUGUUAAAAAUGGACAGUUUUUUUAAUGGUUAUGCAAAAUCAUUGUUUUUGAGAUUAACAACUAAGUUUUUCCAAUAUUUACAGUCAUUAAGUGAGGACUAUUUAUUUCAAUACUGCACAUGUAGUUAUUUUAAAAAUGCUGAUGCCAAAAUAACAGAAGAAAUGGACAGAAUACAAUUUCAUUUAGAUACAACAAUUGUUACUGAAAUUUAUGAUAUUAUUAAAACAGAACUCGUUAUAAAAAAUAUGAAGACUAUUUUAGAGAUGAAAAAUUGUGGUGUUGUAUAUAUGUUGAAGAACAACCAAGAUGAGGAUUUGAAAUGGAUAUACUAUUUUUUGUGUUCUGUGAAUGAUGGUGUAAAAGUGAUGUUUGAAUGUAUGUGUCCAUACUUUCGUGAAAUAGGGACAACAGUUGUAUUGGAAAAAAAAGGGAAUUCUGAUGCUAUUAAUUGUAUUCAGAGCUUAUUGGAUUUGAAAGAUAAAUUUGAUAAUUUAAUGAUAAAUCUAUUCAACAAUGAUAGAUUAUUUGAUGAAAUUGUUGGUAGUGAAUUUGGUUUUUUCUUAAAAUUUAAUUCACUUAUACCUAAAUUUUUAUCUAUAUUUAUUGAUUUUAAACUAAGAAGAGAAAGGCCUAUGUAUAUCAGAAAUUUUACCAAAGUUGAAAUGAACAAAGUUGUGUUUCUAAUUAGACAUCUUCAAGAUAAAAGCAAUUUUGAAAAGUUCUAUCGAAUUCAUCUCGCCGAGAGGUUACUAAGUUAUAGGAAUGUCAAUAUGAAUGUAGAAAAUAGAGUUAUCAUGAAACUUAAAAGAGCAUAUGUGAAUGGCUACGGAUAUAGCAAUUCGUUAUUUACAUCAAGGAUUGAGGGGAUGUCCAAGGAUAAGUUUGAAUUAUCUAAACCUAUCAUAUACAAGUAUAAGGAGUAUGUUUUUGUUAACAAGUGUAUUUUAGGUACUCUACAGCCUUUUGAUCUUAAUGUAGAAGUAAUAAAUUCAAUUUAUUGGCCAGUAACAUAUCCAAAAUCAAUGUGCAGAGUACCAUCAAUUGCUUUGAGUGCUUUUAAUGAUUUCAAAACAUUCUACUCAAAAAGAGAAGGCAGAAAGACUUUAAAGUUAUUACCUCAGUUCGGUACAGUUGAAUUGGACGCAAUUUUCUAUGAUGUGCCCAAAUCAAAUAAACGUUCAUGUGAUGGUGAAUAUUCAACGACCAAUAAUCAGUGCUGCGUUGAACGAAAGUACAGAGUUAUGGUGACAACUUACCAGAUGUGUGUGCUUGAUAUGUUCAAUACAUAUGAUUUUUUAACAUACGAAAGAAUUCUGAAGGAAACAAUGAUUCCAAAAAAGAGUUUACUAAACGCAUUGCAUGGAUUGGUGCAAUUUCACCAUUUACUUUUGAAAUUUCCCAAUUGCCGAGAAAUUAAAUCAAAUGAUAGAUUUUCUAUUAACGAAUUCUUUAGAAUUAAAUAAUUCCUUAUUAACAUUCAAAGGAUUCAGUUUAAUUUAAUAAGUUAGGUAAAAGUUCCCUUGUAAACUUUAACGUAUCUUUCAGGAGCACUCGGCAUAUACCUCAUUUCUUAUACCUCUCCACUAAUUAUUAAAAAAUAACCUGUUAUUAAGCUGCAUCAUGCAACUUGUUAAUGAAAACCCUUCAUUUAAUUUGUUUAAAUUAUUUAAUGUUUUAUAUUAUAUUAUGUAUACAUCAUUAUUAUAUUUUUUUCUCUUUUUUAUUUGUUUACUUAAGACAAAUUAUUGUACGAUUUAAG